AUGCGCAUUGUGCAUAUUUCGAUAAUGCAUUUGUUGCAUGCAGCUUUUGAGAGUGCCAGUGAAGAAAGUAUUGCAAUGCAGAAUAAAUCAUUUGAUGCUGAAACAUCGAUAUCAUCCGAUGUUCUGCCAUCACGGCAAACAACGCACGGCGAAAUUUUAGGAUACUAUAUGGAAUUGAACGGCACAUUUGCUGAAGUUUAUGAAGCUGUUCCGUAUGCGCAACCACCUAUCGGAUCAUUGCGCUUUGAAGCUACAAAAGCACUGAUAGGAUGGAAGAAGAGAAGGAAUUGCGGUAAAGGUCGAAUGGUACAAUGUGUGCAGUUUGGACAACAUUCCAACGAGGACAGUGGUACCGAGGACUGCUUAUAUGCUACCAUUGUCAUACCUGAUAAGAAAACCACACCUGAAAGAAACAAGUUGUCUCCAAUAUUAAUUUGGCUACACGGUGGUUCCUUCCAGGUUGGUAGUGCAAGCGUUUCAUCUAUUGAAUCAAUCGUGAGAAAUUUUGCUUCAAAGAAUAUUAUUUUUGUAGCCAUAAAUUACCGACUCGGUCCACUCGGAUUUCUAACAGCCAAUCAUCGAGAUUUGCAUGGCAAUUACGGAUUAGAUGAUCAAAUUGAAGCGAUUCGUUGGAUUCGAGCAAAUGUUCGUAAUUUUGGUGGUAAUUUGAAUAAUAUUGUUGUUGGAGGUAUGGGUGCUGGUGCCGCUUGCGCAAGCAUUUUAGCCGUCUCACCAAAGACCACGGGACUAUUCAAUGGUGUCAUAUUACGAAGUGGAAGCUUUAUUGCUCCAUGGGCCGUACGAUCAGCAUCUACGGAAAAUUAUUCAGCACGUUUAAUAGAUUAUUGUGGUUGCCGCUAUCAUCGAACUUUGGGAAUGUUACAUACUAUAGAAUGCUUGAAAAAAGUGCCAGUGGAAAAAUUGCAGAAAGCAUGGAAGUAUAUCGCCAAGUUGACUACCGCCGUUGUUACUGGUAAUGAGUACUACUUGAUGGGUACCACUUAUUUUACACCAACUACCGAUCCAUAUCGUAUUGAGGGAAGCGUUCUUCCCGGUGAUCCAAUGUCCAUUUUACUUCAGAAUCCACGAAUGCCUUUAUUGAUUGGUGUCACAAAUGCUGAAGUUGCUCAGAUGAAGAACGCAUAUGCUUCACUCAACAAUCGCUAUGUAGAAAACGAUGAAUGGGAUCUCAGUUAUAUUAUACCUUCUUAUUUACAUGCUAAUUACAAGCAGGUCCAAAAAGCAGUUGAAUAUCGAUAUUUAAGUGAUUAUCCACAAAAUCUUAAUGAAGCCGAACGACGUGAUGUAAUUCUUAACAUUUUAUCUGAUCAAUAUUUUAUUGCACCUGCGGCACGUGAAGCAUUGCUUUAUGCAAGGAAAAAUCGGAUUGUUUAUGCAUAUAUAUUUGAGUAUGAAAAUGCUCAAUUGUUGUCAUCCGUAGGAAAAAUUGGAAUUCAGCGCGGAGCUUCACAUGGUAACGACUGUUCGUUUAUAUUUAACAAUCCUACACUCUCCAAGUCAUCACUUAAAACAAUUGAAUGGAACGAUGAUGAUCUCAAAAUUAUCCACCAACUUGUCAGCCAAAUGGCUAAUUUUAUUCAUAAAAGGAAUCUUAGUGAAGAUGGUUUUGAACAAUUCAGAACAAUUUAUCGUGUAGCUACACCGAUCAACAAUCGGAAUAAUAAUGCUCCAAUAGAAUUCUACAGUAAUGUAACUGAAUUUUGGCAUGAAGUGAUCCCAGCAAUCGAACAGCUACACAUUGCGCCACAAUAUCGAGUGCUUUUGCAGCCUUGCACUAUGUGCCAAUAUCCAUAUAAAAUGCCAUUCUACAUUAUCCUAACAAUACUGAUUUUGAUAACGAUUAGUCUACUAAGCGUUUGUAUCCAUCGUCAGAAGCGUGUAAGACAAAAGCCAACAUACGCUAUCGUACACGAAAUGCAAACGUUGGAACGUGAUGAAAAAUUAAAGAUGGAACAGAAAAUGCCUUAA